AUGCCUGACAAGUGCUUUCCGCCGUCGGAUUUCGUUUCCACACAACUCUCCAACAAUACAAUCGGUCAUCGUCGAGUCCUGAUCAGAAGAACUGGUGCCAGAGUCCUGUUGGUCAUCGUCCGCAACGUCACUGGUGCAGCACCCCUUCAGAGACUUUCUUUCAAUACCACGCUUUCUUCCACAUCACAAGUCAAUGACCGACCGAAUUCAGAAGUAGCGACAACGCUCAAAUCACUGGAUGAAUUCCGAACAAUGAGAAGGUUUCACUUUGGAAAAGAAGUGCCGAUACUAGCGAUCUUCGCCUGUGUCGUUUCCUACUGUGCUCUUAUCGCUCUUGCCUGUGCCUUCCUUCAUUAUGAAGAAUGGGAUGAUGCUGAAGAUACUGAUGAAGAAGUGGACGUUUUCGGGGACGUUGUCGAGGAAAUUCAUGAACAACGAGUGCGAGAGGCCAGCACCCAGACAUCUCCUGUAGUUGGGGUGUGGCGUGUUGAGAAAAGCAUACAUAGCGUCAUGUUGAACGAAAUCCCGCUAAGAGAAAUUGUUCCGUGGAACGGACAAUCACAUCAAAGCGAAUGCUAA